AUGAUGACAAAAGAUGAGAUUAUGAAAGGAGUACCGAGUUAUAACAUGUUCAUAAAUUCUACGAAAGAGCCGUAUACAGUGGUAACAAUUGGAAAUAUCUCACGCGAGGAAACAAAAAAACAACUAGUUGAUAACCUUCCAAAAGAUUCGAAAUUCUUCGGAACUCAUUGGAAUUCUUCUCAAAUAUUUUCCGAAUAUCAGAAGUUGGAGGAGUAUUUGAAUUCAUCUAACAACACUAAUAUUAUUCAUUUAUCUGAUUAUCUCGCAACCUUGUCGGGAGUGAAAAUUAUCGAUCUGUUAUCCAUAAACUACGGAAUCAGCAAUUUUGAGUUAUUCACUGAGCUCUUGAAAGACGGAGAAAUCGAGAGAGAAGGAUUGUUUAUAUGUCAAAUAAAAUUACGAUUAGACUACCCUGAUGCUUUGAAAAAAGAAGAAUUGAUUGAAGUGAUUUCUAGAAUUAUUUUGGAUGCAAGAUAUCUCAUCCUCUCAAUUCAUAAUCUCGAGAUCUUUAUGGUAAAUUUGGAUACUCCGGACUGUCGAGAAAAGUAUCUGGAAUCAUAUAUCAUUUGA